AUGAGCUGUACUGAUGCUCAGAAAGUGCAAUUUGGUACCCAUAUGCUUGAAAAGGUAGCUGAAGAUUGGUUGAACAACACUCUUCAAAGGUUUGAAGAAGAUGGCAUUGAGGAGCUUAUCAAAUAUUGUCCCCAUUACAAUACUGUUAAUGCUGAGGGAUCUAAAUGCUUGAAGUUUGUGAAUGGCUUGAGACAUAACAUUAAGAAGGCUAUUGGUUACCAACAGAUUACCUGUUUUACUGAGUUGGUUAACAAGAGUCAGAUUUAUGAUGAGGAUAAUAGGGAAAGUGCUUCUUUCUACAAGAGCUUGAAAGGGAAAAAUCAAGAUCGUGGGAAAUCGUAUGACGACAAGAGGAAACAAGCUGGUUUUGGCAAGAAGCUAAGUGCGGGAGGAUCUUCCACUCCACUUAAGUGCUUCAAAUAUGGUGUUGAAGGUCAUUGUGCUAUUAAUUGUGAUAAGGAUUUCCGUGACAUGUUUCAAGUGUGGAAAGAGUGGUCACUAAGCAAACAAUUAAGUAUGGUUAUUUAUACACCUUCUAUGGGUUAUGUUUCUACUUCUUAUGUGUGUCGGAAUUGUCCGUUGAGUAUCUUUGGUAGAGAUUUUGGGAUUGAUUUUGUUUGUCCUCCUUUAGAACAACUUGAUGUGAUUUUGGAUAUGCAUGAGAAGAGAACCAUUGAGGAAUUGCCGAUAGUUUGUGAUUUUGCGGAGGUAUUUCCUGAAGAUAUAAGUGAUUUACUGCCGAAACGCGAGGUUGAGUUUUCGAUUGAUUUGAUUUUUCAUGAUUACCUGGAUACGUUUGUUGUUGUGUUCAUCAAUGAUAUCUUAAUUUAUUCUAAGAGUGAAGAGGAACAUGCCGAGCAUUUGAAGAUUGUGUUAACAGUGUUGAAAGAGAAGAAGCUAUUUGCUAAGCUCUCUAAAUGUGAGUUUUGGUUGAGGGAAGUAAUCUUUCUUGGGCAUGUGAUUUCAAGUGGUGGUAUUUCCGUUGAUCCUUCGAAGAUUAAGGAAGUUCAUUGA